AUGGCACCAACUCUGAAGACUGUCUUCACUGCCCUUGUGGCCCUCACCCCCUUCGGCAUCAACGCCAGCCCGCUCAAUACCUGGCGUCCUUCUGCCGAGGCCGGCACAUCUGUUGGAGUUUUCGUUAGCAACCCUGACGCUACCGAUGUGGUUCCCAACUCGUACAUCGUCGUCUACAACAAAAAUUUCACGGAUGACGACAUCAACACCUACGAGGCAGCGGUUAAGGUAGCCGUUAAGAAGCGUAACCUGGGUAAGCGUGGGCUCCACGGACAAUUGCUCUCCACCAGGGUCCGCAGCUUUUCCAUGUCGGGAUGGCGAGCUAUGGCUUUGGAUUCGGACGACCUCAUGAUGAACGACAUCAACAACGCCGAGAUGGUCAAGUACAUCGAGGCCAACACCUAUGUCAAGGCCUCGGCUCUGAUGUCCCAGAUUAACGCUCCCGAUGGCCUGGUCCGUCUGAGCCACGCGCAGACCAACGGGACCGGUUACGUGUUUGACGACUCGGCUGGCGAGGGCAUUACUGCCUACAUUGUCGACACCGGUAUCAGGGUCACGCACGAGGACUUCCAGGGACGUGCUACGAUGGGCUUUAACGCUGUCGAAGAGGAAGAGGCUACCGACUUGAAUGGACACGGCUCUCACGUUGCAGGAACUGUUGGUGGUGCUACGUUCGGAGUGGCCAAGAACGUGAAGCUUGUCGGCGUCAAGGUCCUCGAUGCCCAAGGCGGUGGCACCAACGCUGACGUUAUUGACGGUCUCAACUUUGUUGCUCAGGAUGCUGUGAAGGGCAAGUCUGUUAUGAACAUGUCCCUCGGCGGCCCAGCUUCUCGAGCUGUCAACGACGCUAUCGAACGCCUCUUCUCUAACGGAGUUGUACCUGUCGUCGCGGCUGGAAACGAGGCUCAGAAUGCCGCCAAUGUAUCCCCCGCAAGCAGCCCCAACGCCAUCACGGUCGGCGCCAUCGACCAACUGACGGACAGACGCGCAAGCUUCAGCAACUUCGGCCGCGUUAUCGAUAUCUACGCCCCUGGCGUCAACGUCGAGAGCGUGGGCAUCAGCAGCGAUACCGCGAGCGAGACCCUGAGUGGCACUUCGAUGGCGUCGCCCCACAUUGCCGGCUUGGCAGCCUACCUCAUGGCCCUCGAGGGCAUCACUGACGCUGGUGCCGUCUCGGACCGCAUCAAGGAGCUCGGCGCGGCUACCGGCGCCAGUGUGCGACGGAACGUUCGCGGCACCACCAGCGCUAUUGCCAACAACGGAAACCUAUAA